UCGGGGCCCGCGGCAUGUGGCGAGCGUGGCCGGCGCUGGCCCUGGCCGGGCUGCUGCUGCUGGGGCGGGCGCCGGCGGGGCGGGGAGCGGCCUGCGAGCCGGUGCGCAUCCCGCUCUGCAAGCCGCUGCCCUGGAACGUGACCAAGAUGCCGAACCACCUGCACCACAGCACGCAGGCCAACGCCGUGCUGGCCAUGGAGCAGUUCGAGGGGCUGCUGGGGACCAACUGCAGCCCCGACCUCCUCUUCUUCCUCUGCGCCAUGUACGCGCCCAUCUGCACCAUCGACUUCCAGCACGAGCCCAUCAAGCCCUGCAAGUCCGUCUGCGAGCGCGCCCGCGCCGGCUGCGAGCCCGUCCUGCUCCGCUACGGCCACGCCUGGCCCGACAGCCUGGCCUGCGACGAGCUGCCGGUCUACGACCGCGGGGUCUGCAUCUCCCCCGAGGCCAUCGUCACCGCCGAGGGCGCGGAUUUCCCUAUGGAUUCUAAUAAUGGCAACUGUAGAGGCGCCGGCAUCGACCGCUGCAAGUGCAAGCCUGUAAAGGCUACCCAGAAGACUUAUCUACGCAACAACUACAACUACGUCAUUCGGGCUAAAGUGAAGGAGGUGAAGACUAAAUGCCACGACGUCACCGCAGUAGUGGAAGUAAAGGAGAUCCUGAAAUCUUCCCUAGUGAACAUUCCAAAGGACACUGUAAACCUUCACACCAAUUCUGGCUGCCUGUGUCCACCGCUCAGUGCCAAGGAAGAGUACAUCAUCAUGGGCUACGAGGACGAGGAGCGCUCCAGGUUACUCUUGGUGGAAGGCUCCAUAGCUGAGAAGUGGAAGGAACGUCUUGGGAAAAAAAUAAAGCGCUGGGAUCAGAAACUCCGCCACCUUGGGAAGGGGAAGGGAGAGGCUGGACACAGCGACUCGGCUCCCAAGCCUGGCAAUCCCAGCAGUGCCCAGCAGCCACGCAGUUAAACCUGGGCUGCUGCACGCUGACAUGCAGGGGGACUGUCUACCAGGACUUCAUUGUUGGAGCAGCAAAGGAGGAAUUGCACUAUUGCACGUUAUAUUCUAUUGUUUACUACAAAAUAAUGUUUUAGCUUUUAUUAGUUUUUAUUCUCCCUCUCGUUUUCCAACUUUUUUUCUUUUUGGAUAUGUGCAAGUUCUGGAAAUGUAUAUUUUUUUUUUUUUUUUUCUGUUACUAAGAACUGUAGAAAACUGCCCUUAUGAGAUGAAGAAUGAACAUGUCCUUGUCUAUCUACCUUUUUAUCCCCUGAAUCUUCUUUGGGAGAAAAUUCUGAUGCAAGCAGGAAUGAAAUCUGGCAAAGACCAGUGCUUAAAGUCAUGACUCACACUGGCUUUCCCUGUUCACUCUUUCUUGGUCACUGUUUGCUGAAACUUGCUCUCUUUUGUGUAGGUUGUUAUUUGGGCUUAAGUGUAUCAUUUUUUAUAUUUGAAAUAUAAUUCUGAAAUACAUAAUUUUUUUUUUGUUAAGAGAACUGUUUGAAUCAAUACAGUUUUAUUAAGUUUUCUUACAGAUAAACCACUUGUAUAAGGCAGAGUCUAAAUCUUUCCUGCAACAAACACAAUGUGCAUUUACACAGGGAACCCGGGUUUUCCAGUGCUUUGGACCUUGAAGGAAAGAUUGUCUAGUUCUGUAACCAUAAUUUAUAACAUGUUUCUUCUCUUAUAAUGGCAGUUUUUUUCCCCUUUUCUCAGCUGAGUUAUAGGAGUAGACAGACUUGCCAGGCCUGCUUCUCAGUACAGCUGCAGUUUUAGCCUUUUGAUUUUGUGUUGUUAUUCUUAAGUCCGUGCCUACAUAAACAAAUGUUCAAUACAUAACAUAUGUCCAAUAAAAGAAUUGUAGUCGCCAACACAGACCUUACCUGACUUCUGAACCAACAUCAUACUGCUAAUACUACUCUUGAAAAUAUAAAAACCAAAAAAACCUUAA